UGGUCAUCUGAUCAGCCGUGUUUGAGAUCAGGUAAUCAGGAGAACAAGAAUUCAGAAGAUCAGGAAACCAGGGCACCAAGAAAUCAGGAGACCAGACAACCAUGCGAUCAGGAGCUAAAGAAAUCAGGAGAACAGAUGAUCAGGAAAUUGGGAGCUCAAGAAAUAAGGAGAUCAGAAAAUCAAGAGCUCAGGAGAUCAGAAAAUGAAGAAAUCAGGAGACCAAGAAAUCAGGAGACCUGACGAUCAGGAGAACAGAAGCUAAAGUGACCCAUCAGCUGAAUGCAGACCCUGUAUGCGCUGCUGUGUCUGGGUCUGGUUGGGGCGCUGCAACCGGCUGAGCGUGUGGCCCGAAAUGCUGUUCAGCUCCAUCGGGGGAGAGGGGUGCCGUCUGCCAGCGGGCACCGCUGGGUGGCCGAGAACUGCCGCCGUCUCUCCAGCCUUCUGCGACAAAAGAAUGCGGCGGUACGGAAGCUGGAGGCAGCAGCGGCAGCGACGGAGCGUGACCAGACGCUCUCAGAUGCUGAGCGUCUCUUCCAGGUGCACACGCUCGAGGUGUUCCAGAAGGAGCUGAACGAGAGCGAGCGUUCCCUGUUUGAGGCCGUGCUCGGCCUGCAGCGUGUGCUGAAAGGUGACUUCGGUGACGUGGCGAACAUGAAGGAAACCAGCCGCCAGAGGCUCGAGGCGCUCAGGGAGGCUGCCAUUAAGGAGGAACAGGAGUAUGUGGAGCUGAUCGCAGCUGAGAAACACCAGCAAGAGGCCCUAAAGGUGGCGCAGGAGCGGAACAAGACACUCUCCAUGCUGGAAGAGAUCCUUGAGGAUGUCCGGAGAGCUGCUGACCGCCUGGAAGAGGAGAUCGAGGAUCAUGUCUUUGACAACAACAAGCAGAUGAAGGGCGUCAACGUGGAGGCGGUUCUGAGGGUGGAGGAUGAUGAAGAGGACAACAAGAGGAAGAAUGUGUCAUGGCAGGUAGCAGAAGGUGACCUGGGACUGAGUAUGCUCAUUGAUUCACAGAACAACCAGUAUGUACUGACCAAACCCAGAGACUCCACCAUUCCACGUGCUGACCACCACUUCAUCAAGGACCUGGUGUCGGUGGUGAUGCUCUCUCUGCCCUGCGGCUGGCUGUGCACACUGCUCGGACUGCCCCCUAUGUUUGGCUACAUAGUUUGUGGGAUUCUGCUUGGUCCCUCAGGCAUUAACAGCAUCAAAUCCAUGGUACAAGUUGAGACGCUGGGGGAGUUGGGUGUGUUCUUCACACUCUUUGUCGUCGGUCUUGAGUUUUCGCCGGAGCGAUUACACAAGGUCUGGAAGAUCUCUGUUCAAGGCUCCAGCUACCUGAGCCUCCUGAUGGUGGGAGCAGGGCUUCUUUGGGGAAAGGUGUUCAGGCUCCACCCGAUUCAGACGGUGUUCGUUUCCAGCUGUUUGUCUCUGUCCAGCACACCGCUCAUAUCACGAUUCCUUUCUGGAGGGUCCAGAGGGGAUAAGGAAGGUGAACUGGACUAUAGCAGUGUUUUGCUGGGUAUGCUGGUGAUGCAGGAUGUUCAGUUGAGCCUUUUUAUCGCCAUCAUGCCAACGCUUAUCCAGGCAGGAAGUGGUGGGAUGGACAGUGCUCUGAUUGGAGGAUUGCGUGUACUGGUGCUCUUGGCUCAGGUGGUCGUCUCUUUCGCCGUGGUGUUGCUGAUCUGCUGGCUCCUCAGGUCUCAUCUGAUUGGUCCAUUCUACAGAAAACUCCACACUGAGAGUAAAGGGAACAAAGAGAUCCUUGUGCUGGGAACUGCAGCCUUUGUAUUCCUAAUGCUAACUGUAACAGAUUUCCUGGAGGUUUCUAUGGAACUCGGCUGUUUCCUGGCCGGGGCUUUGCUCUCCUCGCAGGGUCACAUGGUCACCAAUGAGAUCAUGAGCUGUAUCGAGCCAAUCAGAGACUUCCUUGCAAUUAUCUUCUUUGCGUCUAUCGGGCUGCAUGUGUUCCCAACAUUUGUUCUAUAUGAAUUAACCAUCCUGCUGGUUUUGACCCUGUCAGUGGUGAUCAUGAAGUUUGUCAUGGCAGUGCUGGUCCUGACUGCAAUCCUUCCCCUGGGAUACCGACACAUCCGCUGGAUUGUAUCAGCUGGCCUGGCACAAGUCAGCGAGUUCUCAUUUGUCCUAGGCAGCCGAGCUCGCCGGGCUGGCAUCAUCUCACGAGAGGUGUAUCUUCUCGUACUGAGCGUCACUACGCUAAGUCUGCUGUUAGCACCCGUUCUGUGGAGAGCUGCGACUCUCAAAUGCAUCCCACGGGUUGAGAAGAAAACGUCCACCUGAGCCACUCAGCAUGACGAGACUCUCUCUUUUAACUUCUCACAUGGCAGAUUGUGGUACUAUAAGGGUUGUGGGCACCUUUUCGGCAAAACCGAACCAUUUUUGUGUAUUUCAAGCCCUUCUGGGACUAAGGGACGGACGGUCACGUCUCACUUUCUAAUCAUGACCAGUGCAUAUAGAUAUUUUAAAGCUUCAUUCAUGAAGCGUACGUAGACAUGAAUUCAAAAGAUCGCACAACGAUGAAACGAGACUUGAAUUUUUGUUUUUAUAGUUGCGACUCGGAGCUUACGCUCUUUAUUGCAUAAACUGUGUUUAAACUCUAUUUAUUUCUGUAGAUUUGCAAGCUGUUCUGCUUGUAUAAAGAAAUGCCUAAUUGUGCCUUGACGACACCUGAUGUCAAAAAAAUGUACCAAAUAAACUCCAGUGGCGACGCACCUACCAGUUUAUCGAGUUGCACCAGCCUUUGAAAUCUCAACAGUUUUUUUUUUGUUGUUUUUUUUUUGCAUGUGUACACGUUUGCACAUUCUUAUUGACUGUUAUAAAGGUCAACAGCUUUCUGGGCUGAAGUCAAAAUUAGAGCAAUGUCAAGGAAACAGCAAACACAUUACAGCUCUGUCCUGUUUAUUAUUCCGUAACGUGGCCACUGUUAGACGUGGCAAUGUGUACUUUUUUUUAAUGAAUGUCCGAUAAGUUUUAUUUUUGGAAAGACUGGACCAUAUACCAAGGUUCAAACUUUUGGGAUGAAGGAGCUUGUCAUGUUGUCAUGUUCCACAAUGCGCUGUAAGUAGUAGAAAUGACAGUUUACAGAUAUAAAUAUAUGGAAAUAUGUAAAUAAAUAUAUUAGCUCAUGAAACAUUAAACGAAAUGAUGAUUAUUAA